AUGGUGGCUAGCGCGUUGGGCUGCGUCCAUCUGACGGCGGCAACGUGUAGGCCGCAGGGGAACGGCAUCAACGAAGACUCCCACAAGGCGUUCAGAAGCCGGUUCAAAGCACUGUGGCAAGAAGGACACCGCGACCUGGGUAGGAUGGUGGCGGCGGUGUGUCGCACGCACAAUACGACUCCGCACAUCAGCACAGGUGUGACACCGUACGAGGCCUUAUUCGGAAGACCACCGUACUUCGCGCGGCUGCAAGNGGUAACCGGCACAAUGACAGAGGAACAGAGCCUAGGCCCCGCAGAAGCUCAAGAGUACGUCUCGGGGCAGCGCGAGCUGAUAGCAGGUAGGUAG